AGACUCGGGCAUUACUAUUUUGGUUGCUGCGGCGUGUGUCUGCACCGGGAUUUUGAACCCUGCGGUUGAUAUUAUUCCUCUAAAUUUGUAAAUCUGGUGAAAAGUAACAGAGGUUUAGAAACGUCAGGGGUAGAAUUUUGAAAGACUAUUGCUCUGACCUCAUUGUGAAUUCAUGUGACGCACCCAAAAUACUGGAGGUGGGUGUAGUUACUCUUCAGUACUUCAAAAACGAUGCCAGAUUCUCAGGGUGUGUGUGAGGUGUGCAGUAAGGCGGCCAAACAGUUUUGUUCAUCGUGUCGGUCAGUGUUCUACUGCUCCCGAGAGUGUCAGAAGCAAGAUUGGAAGACACAUAAAGGUCGAUGCAAACCUUACAUUGUCCAAAAUCACCCAAUUUAUGGAAGGCACAUGGUGGCGACCCGUGACAUACGUCCUGGGGAGGUGAUCCUGAAGGAGGCACCUGUUGUGAUAGGACCAAAGCAGCGAUCACCACCUGUUUGUCUUGGCUGUCAUAAGGGCAUCAGAGGCACCUACACUUGCCCUAAAUGUCACUUCCCAGUUUGUGCACCUUCUUGUGAGAUCUCAAAAUAUCAUAAGCAUGAAUGCCCUAUAUUGACUGGAGCAACAGCAAAGAUCAAGAUUGACAAUGUUGAGUCGCCGCACCCAGCCUAUGAAUGUAUCACGCCCCUGCGCUGUCUUCUUACCAAAGAAACAGACCCAAAGAAGUGGGAGGCCAUCACCCACCUACAGGACCAUGUUAACAACAUCAAAAACGGCGAGAUGGACGGCAUCAUUCAGAGAAACUCCGUUGAUUUUCUCAAGAACUACAUAAAGUACGAAGGUGCAGAUAGUGCAGAGAUAUACCGCAUGUGUGGCAUUCUGCUCACCAACAGUUUUGAAUUGAAACAUAAUGGACAGCGAGUGCGAGGGUUGUACCCACAAGCAGCCAUGAUGGCACAUGACUGUAUACCCAAUACCAAGCAUGCUUUUGAUGAAGACCUAAUGCUGGUGUUACGGGCAACUGUUGUCAUUCGCAAGGGCACUCCGAUCACCAGCACCUACACCAACAUUCUCUGGAAUACCUUACAGAGACGCAAACAGCUUAAAGUUGCAAAACAUUUCCUGUGCUCUUGUCGACGCUGUUCUGAUCCAACAGAACUGGGAACACACCUCAGUACCCUCCUGUGCAGUGAAUGUGGUGGCCAUGUACAGUCUACAGCACCCCUUGACAUGGAUGCCAACUGGGCCUGCCAGAAAUGUAGCAACACUGUUUUAGGCAAGACAGUAUUCUGGGGGGACCAAAUACUCUACAAGGAGCUGCGUGGGCUGGAUCAGGUCUCAGUGCAACCACUGGAGAAGUUCUUGGAAACUUAUAAAAAAGCCUUACAUCCUAAACACCGCUUUUUUGUUGAGGCCAAAUAUGCCCUCAUCAAGUUCUAUGGCAACCACCCAGAAUACAGAUACAGAGAUAUAACAAGACAGAAAUUGGAGAAGAAAGUUGAAUAUUGCCGGGAGUUGUUGGAGUUGGCUGGCACCAUAGACCCUGGUUUGAGUCUCUUCCGUGGAACACUUCUGUUUGAGCUACAAGCUGCCCUUGUGGCACUGGCUAGGAUGCUUCUGUCUAAUGACGUCAUCACUAAGGAGGGCACACAGGACUACAUGACAGAAGCUGUGAAGCAUCUGCAAGAAGCCUCAGAGAUCCUAAAGCACGAGCCAGAGAUGGAAAAGGGCGGCCUCGAUGCCAAGCUGAAAACUUUAUCAGAGGAACUUGAUAUUUAACAUUUAGAAACUUUUCAUGAUUCUUACUUAGGUUAAAUACAGAACUCAUUCAGUAAUUGAACUGUCUGAGACUGGGAGCCUGUUUCAUUGAUCCAUCAACCAAGCUCAGCCAAACAUUUGGGAACCUUAGCAUCUCUCAGUACUGUACAUAAAAGUUGAUUGGUUGGACUUGAGAUGUCACGUGAUGCCAAUGAACUCAUUGCUCGAUUUUUUCUCUUCUGCAUUUAAUAUAUGUUGAAAAGAGAAAUGGCAUGCACUUUGCUGAUAUAUUGGCAUGACCCACUAAGCAACCACAAGACUUGUGAUGGCUGUUAAGGCUGCUGGAAGUGGCUGGAACUCAUGGUAAAUGAUGGGUCAAUCACUGGCCAUUUAGUAAUCUACAGUAAUCAUUCUACACCUUGAUGUUAUUGAUCAAGUCAGGGAUCUGUUCUCCAAAGUAGUCUCAUUAGGAAUGUAGUCACAGGUGAAUGAUUUGUUAUUUUUAUAGACUGUUGGAAUUUUGAAAGACUAAUUGAAUGUUAUUCCUUGAAUUUAUAGUUCUUAACUAAUUAGUACUGUGCUGUUCAGAGAUACGAAUUUUUUUUUUAACUUUUCUUUAUCUGGUGCUAUACUUAGAAACAGGCCUUACUUUACAUAAGUUUUGUAUGUUAAUAAUCAAUCAUAUUGUAAUAAAAUGUAAAAUUAUCUUCACACAACAGGCUGUAUGAAAUUCUUCCCAGUACUACAGAUGGGACAACACAGUAAACACAUCACACACACAGUUUUAAAGAAGACGCCUGACAAGACCUGGUUAUUUUAGCUGGUGGUCCUUCAGUCUGUUUUAUCCCAUGAUUCAAUAUACAGUACAAUAAUACAAAAAACAUGAGCUGGUAUCUGUUAGGAAAGACACAGUCGGUCCCAUUAUAUAUUUCUGACUACUUGUAACCCUAAAGUAAAAGAUAACACUGGGGGUAAAUGUCUAUGAUGACUAUUUGUAAGGAAGGAGGUGCAAAGGGAAGACACUAAUAUACUGUACAGAAAAAAGAAAGGCAUGGGUAAAAUGAUAUGAUAUCUAUUAGUGUAGUUUGUACUCGAGUUAAGAAAGGACUGUUGUAAAACAACACAAAUCAUUCCCCAUUAAAGACACAAUAUUGGUUCCCAAGUACUGAUGAAAACUCAACUUCAUAUAAACUUUCUGAUGUGCCAAUCUCUCUUGUGGAGAGGAAAGCAAUAACCUUGUUAUACUAUAUCUAAGGGAGGAUGGGGAACUGUACAGUAUUGUACAUGCUUGCAGCUGUUUUGUGUGUGCAUUAAACUUUCUAUUAUU